AGUCUACGUAACGGAUGGCAGAGGCUACGUGAAGAGUGGGGCGGCGUGACUGAGCUACCGGGUAUUGCUGUGUCCUAGAGGCAUCAGGGGCACUAAAACCGCGGUGACCGCGCCGGCGGCGGCCAGGCCGAGAGGCCCGUGGGGUAGAGGUGGCAGACGCAGGAGCUCCGAGCCGGUUUCUAGCCCCCGGUACAGGUGCCAUGAAAGUCUUCCCUGCUUUCUGUGUUGUCCUUUUGGUGUUUGGAAGUGUCUCUGAAGCUAAGUUUGAUGAUUUUGAGGAUGAGGAAGACAUAGUAGAAUAUGAUGAUAAUGAUUUUGCUGAAUUUGAAGAUGUCACAGAAGAUUCUGUUACUGAAUCUCCUCAACGGGUGAUUACCACUGAAGAUGAUGAAGACGAGACCACUGUAGAGUUAGAAGGGCAGGAUGAAAACCAAGAAGGAGAUUUUGAAGAUGCAGAUACCCAGGAGGGAGAUACCGAGGGUGAGCCAUAUGAUGAUGAAGAAUUUGAAGGUUAUGAAGACAAACCAGAUACUUCUUCUAGCAAAAAUAAAGACCCAAUAACAAUUGUUGAUGUUCCUGCACACCUCCAAAACAGUUGGGAGAGUUAUUAUUUAGAAAUUUUGAUGGUGACUGGUCUGCUCGCCUACAUCAUGAACUAUAUCAUUGGGAAGAAUAAAAACAGUCGCCUUGCUCAGGCCUGGUUUAACUCUCAUAGAGAGCUUUUGGAGAGUAACUUUACCUUAGUAGGGGAUGAUGGAACAAACAAAGAAGCCACAAGUACAGGAAAGCUGAACCAGGAGAAUGAGCAUAUCUACAACCUGUGGUGUUCUGGUCGAGUGUGCUGUGAGGGGAUGCUUAUCCAGCUCAGGUUCCUCAAGAGACAGGACUUACUGAACGUCCUGGCCCGUAUGAUGAGGCCAGCAAGUGAUCAAGUGCAAAUAAAAGUAACCAUGAAUGAUGAAGACAUGGAUACCUAUGUGUUUGCUAUUGGUACUCGGAAAGCCCUGGUACGACUGCAGAAAGAGAUGCAGGAUCUGAGUGAGUUUUGUAGUGACAAACCUAAGUCUGGAGCAAAGUAUGGACUGCCAGACUCCUUGGCCAUCCUGUCAGAGAUGGGAGAAGUCACAGAGGGAAUGAUGGAUACAAAGAUGGUCCACUUUCUUACACACUACGCUGACAAGAUUGAAUCCGUUCAUUUUUCAGACCAGUUCUCGGGUCCAAAAAUUAUGCAAGAGGAAGGUCAGCCUUUAAAGCUACCUGAAACUAAGAGGACACUACUGUUUACAUUUAAUGUGCCUGGUUCAGGUAACACUUACCCAAAGGAUAUGGAAGCUUUGCUACCCCUGAUGAACAUGGUGAUUUACUCUAUUGACAAAGCCAAAAAGUUCCGACUCAACAGAGAAGGCAAACAAAAAGCAGAUAAGAACCGAGCUAGAGUGGAAGAGAAAUUCUUGAAGCUGACGCAUGUGCAAAGACAGGAAGCUGCACAGUCUCGGCGUGAGGAGAAGAAAAGAGCAGAGAAGGAGCGGAUCAUGAAUGAGGAAGAUCCUGAGAAACAGCGCAGGCUCGAGGAAGCUGCCUUGAGACGUGAGCAAAAGAAAUUGGAAAAGAAGCAAAUGAAAAUGAAACAAAUCAAGGUGAAAGCCAUGUAAAGUCAUCCCAGAGAUCUGAGUCCUGAUGCCAUCUAUAAGCUUUGAAUUCACAGGAAACGUAAAAAAUACCAGUCCAUUUCUCAUCUGCAAGUUCAAACACUCCGAGUGACUGAGAAAUCCUUAUUUCAUCAUCUGUUCUGUUUUUGGUUUGGAGUUUUACAGAAGUUAGAAAUACAUUGGAAGGACUCUGUUUCAGUAAUUUUCUUCCAGAUAAUCACAUUAUUUUGAUUAUUUUACAAAAGGAAUGAUAUAUGAACUCCGUAGUUUUAAAAUUCUUUUAAAAUUAUAACAUGAAUCAUCAGUGCUUUUAGUGCUAUUAUAUUUGAAGAAAUAUCAUGACUUUAUAGAUAAAUAAUUAGAUUGUUGCUUUUUGUUUAAACUAGGCAGUUGAAAUGGCUAUAAAGAAUGACCCUAAACCAAGAGUCCACAAAUAACAAUAAACAUUGCUUGUUUUCUUCUGUGUCUACAUCAAACUUGUAAAAAAAUAAAACUUAGAACACUAUCUGUGGUGUUGAAAUUUCAGGGACUCAAAACAGUGUAGUUCACUAUGUUUUGUAGGUGGAGGGUGCUGAUGACAGUAUUAUAGGAUAUCUGUAGAUUUUAGGGCACUGACAUGUACUGGGAAAUUCUACAGAUAGGUAGUACAGGAGCACAGUUUUCUCCUUACCUGAUACCAUAAGCUAAUGACAUUGUGAAUGCUGUAUUUAAGUGGUUGUAGGUUUUCUUGAGUUAAAUGCAUGAAAAGUGACCUGCUUCACCUAGAGCAGAUCAGUGGUCUACGUGAAGUCGCAGAUGUUUUCCUUGUGGGUUGCCUCACCCUACUGGAUGUUCAUGGAGGAGUUCUCUUCUCUGUGUUGUGGCUGUGUCCCUUUGCUUCUCCUGCUUUUAGCUCUUCCACAGCUGAGGCUGGGUAUAUUCUUUCAGAGAAAUAGCCAUGAAUAUGCAUAAAUACACUUUUAAAAAUGAGCUUUCCUAAACGAUUGAGAGUUCUUUCUGCCUCUUGAGCAUGGAUGGGGAACCUUUUUUCUGCCAAGGGCUAUUUGGAUAUUUAUAACAUCAUUCUCGGGCCAUACAAAAUUAUCAACUUAAAAAUUAUCAUGCUGCCCUAGCCGGUUUGGCUCAGUUGAUAGAGCAUCGGCCCGAGGACUGAAAGGUCCCAGGUUCGAUUUCAGUCAGGGACACGUGCCCGAGUUGCGGGCUCGAUUCCCAGUAGGGGGUGUGUGCAGGAGGCAGCUGAUCAAUGAUUCUCUCUCAUCAUUGAUGUUUCUAUCCCUCUCCCUAAAAUCAAUAAAAAUAUAUUUUAAAAUUAUCAUGCUAUAUUUGGUCAAGCAUUUAAUUAACUCAUCCCUAAUGCCUGGCAGGGCCAGACCAAAUGAUUUCAUGGGCCUUAUACGACCCUCGGGCCAGACGAUCCCCACCCCUGCUCUUGAGAAAGGAACUCUUGGGGGAGAGGCCCAUUCAUCUGCACGAGCAUUUAGCUUGUUCAGAUUUCUGCAUUUUAUAAAUGCUUCCUAGUAAGAAAGCAUUUUUUUUAAGUCACUGCUUUACCAGGUAAUUUUUGCUGGAGAUGGGAAAGGGUUGGGUUUUUUGGUGGGAGCGGGGUGGGCGGGUAUUUUUUUGCUGAUGCUUUAUGUGCAGGUGUGUUCUGAGGCAAUAAUAAGUUGCUGUGGAAACAGAAUGUGCUGCUGCCUUUGAAACUGCAUGGAAACUUUCCACAUGGGUUUUUCUCUUAGUUAAUGCAGAAGUGCGUCAGCUGGGAGAUGCAAAUGUAAUUUUUUUAAACAGUUUGUGAAAUUAAGUUAUUAAAAUAAAAAUAACAAAACAAUACUAUAUAAUUCUAGAAUUAGCCUUGUUUUACAAACCUUUAAAAUACAUUUUAGAAAUCAAAAUUGAUAUGCUUAGCUAUCUUUAAUAAAAGCUUUCUUAAAGUCCCACACAUUUGGGCCAUGGCAGCUAAUUUUGUAAUUUAAGCAUUCAUAUGAAUGGUAACCUAUGGACAUAUAUUAAACUCAUUGACAAAAA